UGAGGCCCCCCCCUGUGCACAAGGAAUCGGGGGGGGCUCUGUCCACCCUGUGCUCCCCACCAGCAUCUGGGGGCUGUGGCUCAGCCCACGGGGCCAGGCAGAAGCUGCCCCCACCACACCCUUCCCAGGGAUGCCCAGCUGCUGCCCCUUCCCCGGGCCCCCACCCGAGGCUUCAUCCACCUGUGGCACAGGGACACCGUCAGUGACGUCCCCUCAAGCCGGGGCACUGUGGGGGACCCAACCCAGGGGGAGGAUGCUGCUGGGGCCCCGUUGGCAAGGUGGCACCCCCGCUCCCUGUGCCAAAUGGGGUGGAGGGACCCCCCCCUCCCCGGGGCUGGCGGCGGGGUGGGGCCUCCCCACCUGCUCCAGGUGCUCUAUAAAGCUCCCGCCACUGUCGAGCCGCCAGUUCCUGAUCCCGGAUUGCAGAGCGUGCCGCUGACUAACGGGAGAGCAGCCGCUGCAGGGUCCCGAGAGGUUCUGGGACACCCCAGGACGAACCCCAUGGCAUUCACCGCCUUUCUUCUGCUGCUGGUGCUGGGCGCAGGUACACGUGCCAUGACCAUGACCGAGACCACCACGGAGACGACCAUGGCUGACACGACCACCACAGAGACAACCACUGAGACGACAACCACCACCCCUGUGACCACGGCUCCAAACAUCUUCAUCUCCGAAAACACAAGUGGUAACAGGACCCAAACCUCCGUGUCCUCCCACAUCACGAUCUUCCCCAUCACAGGCAACACCACAAACUUCCAGUCCAGCAACAGCUCCGCAGGCAAUACCGCAGCCAACAGCACCGCAGGGCCUGUCUCCAGCAGCGUUGCCAUCUCCCACACCAACACCACCGCAAACAGCAGCAGCUGGGUCCCCCCCUUUGGCACCAACCCAACCAACAGCAGCAACUGGGUCCCCCCCUUUGGCACCAACACAACCAACAGCAGCUCCGCAGCUCCCCCCUCCACCGUGGAGGGUGGCACGGUGAUCCCCAUCUCCAGCACCAAAGGCAAUGGGAGCGGCAGCACUCAGGUCGUCCCCACACGGAAGACCUCUGUCACCACUCAGGGCAGUACGGCUCCCAGGCAGACACCCACGGCUGUGCUGGGCAGCGGCGGCAGCCCCAACCCCAGCAAAGCCGCAGCCCUGCUUCCCACCGCGGUCCAGCUGCUCCUCCGCAUCCCGCUGUCCUUCCGCAUCCUCAACAGGAGCUUCAAUGAGAGCCUGCGCGACCCCGCAUCGAAGGAGUACAGGAGCCUGAGCCGUACUGUCUUGACCUUGUUCGAAUAUGUCUUUGGCUGCGCGAGCUGCGUGGGCAGGCAGACCUACAAGGGAUGCAGCGAGCUGCGUUUCAGCCAUGGCUCAGUGGCAGUGGAGUCCAUCCUCGUGUUUGGGCAUGGCAAUGAAACCAUCACUGGUGAUGUUGUUGAGCAGCAACUGAGGAACAGACUGGACCAGAACGGCUUCAUCAUGGACCUGCAGCUGGCCAGCAUCUACAGCACUGGGGAGGUGACGUCGCCGGCACUGGUGCCUGUGGUCCCUGACUGGGCCAUUGCUCUGCUGGUCUUGGUCUGCAUCCUGCUGCUGCUGAGCAUCCUCACCUGCCUUUUGAUGACCACCUGCACCUGCCGCCGGAAAAGCCAAGGGAAGCUGGACCUGUUCAGCACGAAGGACUCCUACCACCCCAUGGCUGAGUACCCCCCAUACCAGAGCCACGGGCGCUACAUGUCACCCAACAGCAAGCCCAACCCCUACAGCCAGGUGGCCAGCAGCAACGGCGCAGGGACCGGCACCUUCACCUACACCAACCCGGCCCCCACCUCUGACAACCUCUGAGGGUCCCGCUGAGACAGAGAGCAGCUGCCGAGGGGAGGGGGUGGCCGCAGCCCCCCACUGCCCGGGGGAGCAGCACCGGCCCCGGACAUGUCCCCCGGUGCUGCUCAGCCCCUCACCCCAGGCAGCGGGAGCAGGGUGGUUCUGGAGCAGCCGGAUUCACGCGCAUGACAGAACUGGAUGAGCAAACGUUUGGGGUGGGAGGGAGGGUCCCCCUCACCCCCCCCAACACUUGCUUAGCUUUUCAACCCUGCUCCACGCCAUGGGUGGGGGAUCCGUGCUCAUCCCCCCUGCGCUCUCCCCUGGGGGUUCAAUUGCUCUUUAUGUGGUGUUAUUUUAUAUAAAUAUAUAUAUAUAUAUAUAUAUAUA